UCCGCCUCCAGAGCGCAGCUUGCCAUAAGAAGCUGGACGCGCAGCAGACCACCGGCACAAGUCCUCCCCCCUUCCAGUACUCAGGACACCAAAGACGUGCACUCCCGCGGACCUUCAUGGCUCAGUUCGCAACGGCGAUUAUGGCAAUCCUGCUUGGAUCCCUGGUCCAGAGGAGCCACCAAGGGUUCCUGAGCGGAGGCAUCGACCGAGGCAACAACAACGGCAAUCAGAUUGGAGGCCAGGGAGCGGCUCCGCACAGUUUGAUGGAGGCCCUGCAAGAAAGCGGAGGAUUCCGGGUGUCCGGUCCUUAUCAGCUUUCGGCGGCACCGUUCCCGAUGACUUCCGGCUCUUUUCCGGGACCUACGCCUUUCCAGGGUGGCCAGGGGGGAUUUCAAGGGAACAGGAAUCAGGAAGGAAACAACGGAAAGUUAGGAGACUCCGGAGGUGGCUUCCAAGGCAACGGAAACUACCCCAGGAACGGUGACAACUUCCAAGGUCCCCGGGGAUUCCAGGGGCUAGGAAACUUCCAUGGUCCAGGAAACUUCCAGGGUCCCGGUAGCUUCCAGGUUCCCGGAAACUUCCAGGGCUCCGGAAACUUCCAAGGCUCUAGAAACUUUCCGGUCACAGGAAACGUUCAGGGCCCCGGAAACUUCCAAGGCCCAACCGGCUUCCAGGGCCACUCGAACUUCAACGGACACGCCAACUUCCAAGGGCACUCCAACUACCAAGGGCAAUCUAACUUCCAAGGACACGGCAACUACCAAGCACAAGGUGGAGUUGGCGGUCCUCAGGGCAACAUUGCCGGUGCUCAGCGAGGCUUUCAAGGUGGCGUCGGCGGACCCUUGAACAUACGCAGCCAGUUCGGACCUUCGCCUCCUCCGAGCGCUCCAGAGGCGCCGCACGUGUCGAUUCAGCCGGCGAGUGUGAAAGUGGUGUACGUGCCCGUGGUCUCUACGAGUAUCAAGGCUUCUAGUCUCAGUAAACUGACAGGCGAGCAUGCUUCCGGGAAGGACAGUACUAGUUCUUACUUUACGGGCAGUGGCGGACAGACUGGACCGUCUCAGCAAGAGGUGACGAAGCCAUCGUCGUAUGCCACCGGUACCGGGUCAUACGGAGUCAAGCCGACGGGAACGGGCAAGCACCACGGCCACACGAGCGGAGGCCACGCCACGAUACCCAUCAUAAUCAUUCAGAAGGAGCACCACCACGGCGCGAAGAGCGUGCAGCCGGUUUCUUUCCCGACGCAGCAGACACAGAGCCAACAGGGCAGCGGCCUGACGUCUAACGGAGACUUUUCGAAGCCCAGCUACGGUAUCAACAACAGGGCGCCCACAGAUACGCAGCAACUUCAGACGCGAGGUCAUCAGGAACACCACCAACGCCAGCAAGCUCACCACCGCCAGGAGCAGCAAAGCCAUCACCAGCAACAGCAUCACCAGCAAGUGACUCAGCAACAACACCAGCAACAGGUGGCACAGCGCCCAGCCGAUAACAGUCACCACGACUCGACAACUCGCAACGCGCACGGAGGAACGGGAGCAGUGAUCCCAGUCAUCAUAAUCCAGAAGACACUACAGAAUGCAGGUCGGCCACAGCACUCGCAUCAUCAUCAACAUCAGUCCAGCGGCUACAGCGUGCCCGCAGCGCCACCGCCGGUGCGCGGACCCACGUCUUGGAGUCCGUGGAGGUAGGAGACGCCCCUCCUCAAGCUGUGCCGUUUUACACAUACUCAUCCACCCUCCGCCACCAGAAUGACCACGAAUGCGAGCCAUUAAAGGACAUGAACGCGCCUCGCGCUUCUCCCUCUCUUUCUAUGAACGUACACCAAAGAGAUACAGUGCAACAGUUAGGCUGGUAGAUUACUGCGG